AUGGCUCACUCGCAUGGCUCGUCAGACCCCAACAUGGCGGUGGCCAUGGUCUUCCAGAACAUACCCGCAACGCCCCUGUACACGCUGAGCUGGACGCCGCGGACCAGUGGUGCAUACGCCGGAACAUGCAUCUUCCUCAUUGUGCUCGGAGUCGUGGCCAGAGUUCUGCUCACGGCCAAAUCAAUCAUGGACCGGCGCUUCCUCGCCGCCGCCAGAGCACGACGAUAUGUCAUAGUCCAGGGCCGGAGGGCAUCGAUAUCACCGCCUGGAUCGCCGACGACGCCAACAGAGCCCGAGUCGGAACGCAGCAGCGAGGACGCAGACGAGAAGAAGACGGGCCGGCUGAUAAGCGCCCACGGCGUCGAGGAGAAUGUUCGAGUGGUCAACGCGACUGCAGGGCCGCCGGUGAUGCCCUGGAGGUUCAGCGUUGACCUGCCGCGGGCGGCCAUGGUGACUCUCAACGCUGGCGUCGGCUAUCUCCUGUACGCAAUUUCCUCCAUUCUCUAUUCUUAUUCUUUUGUCCUUAUAGUGAUAUAUCUUAUACUGACACCGAAAUAG